AUGGAAAGUGAAAAAGGUCAACAACAAAAUGAUCGGGAUUGCUCAAUGUGCCAUAAUCCCCCUGACGACAAAAUGGCGUCUUGCAUGAAAUGCCACAAACUGUUUCAUAGAAGUUGUGCCAAUGUCGCCGAUAACAUAGCUUAUAAAUGUCCACAAUGUUCGGACAAUAGGCCAGCCUCACCUGCUCCCAGUGCCACAAGUCGUUGUUCUAAUCGGUCUCGAACGUCUCAAUCGCGUAGCGUUCAACUACAACUUAAAAAGCUACAAGAGCAGCGAGAACUUGAUUCAGCAAGGGAUCGCGAAUUCUUAAAUAAAAAAUAUCAGCUUCUAGAAGAAGCAGAAGACCUCUGCUCAAAUUCAUCACAAAACUCCCAAUCCGUACGGGAUUGGUUAGCAGAUACUCAACAAGAUAUCAGUCGCCAACAUGCGACUAAUAAUGUAGAAAACCAGGCCUAUGUUGAAACAUCCUACUUGCCCAAUCAAACUACGUGUGUUGAUUUACCUACAAGACCUGCAAAUCAAAAUUCAUAUUCCUCCAACAUACCUUGCAUUUCUACUGCACAUAUGCGACAGCAACAAAAUUCACAAGGUAUAACAUCGGUCACCAAUGCUGCAGUAAGUUCAACGAUAAUAAACAGCGCACCAAUUAGUGCUUCAGCUGUUACCACUAAUCGUGAAUAUGAUCGAACACUGCCUUUCAUUCCGACCAAUGCCCACCCACCAGCUGCUGUGCCAUUUUCAUACUUACCUGUAUACUCAAACCCCUCAAUGCAACCCCCACCUGUUAAUUCAAACACAACACAAAAUUCUAAUUGCUCCAAUCAAAAUAUUCCAUUUAUUCAAAAUGUGCCGAUGUCGUCUACAAUGCAUGUGAAUACAAACAAUUUUACUUCACCACAAUUUAACUCCACACAGCAUAUACUGCAACAAAGCCAUAUGACUACAAGGCAAUCGGUGCCUAAAGACUUACCUACAUUUUCUGGCCAACCAGAAGAAUGGCCCAUAUUUUCCUCCACUUACGACUGGUCCACCACCGCCUGCAACUUCACCGAUACGGAAAACCUCAUUCGACUCCAAAAGGCACUAAAAGGUAAAGCACUGCAAAGUGUCCAACAUAUGCUAAUACACCCUGCAAACGUUCCUGGUGUCAUCGAAGUACUUCGCAUGCUGUAUGGCCAACCUGAAAAAAUAUUAAAUUCAAUAAAAAAUAGAAUUAGUUUAGCGCCGAAAGUUAAUGAAAAUAACUUAGAAACACUUACCUCCUUUGCUAUUGAUGUUCGCAGUUUGAUUUCCACUAUCACUGCUGGUAACUUGCCAGAUGAAUUGAAUAAUUCAUUUUUACUCCAGCAAUUAGUUCAAAAACUUCCCCCAUCUUAUCAAAUGCAAUGGGCGACUAUAAAAAUGAAUCUUAAUAACCAAAACAAAAAACCAAAUUUGUCCGACUUUGACAAUUGGAUUUUCAGCCUUGGCAUCACUGCAAGCAAUAUAACAGUUGACCAUCCCUGUACAAAGAUAACCCAAGCAUAUAACAAAGAUAAUAUCACAGAUAAUAAACGAAACAAUAACAAUAACAACAACAACAAUAGCAGCAAAGCAACCGCAAGCAGAAGAGCUUAUGUUUACUCUCAUAGUGAUGAACGUAAGUGUGUCGUUUGCAACAACAACAACAACAACAACUGCAAAGCAGUGAGUGACUGCCCAGUAUAUCAGUCGCUAGAUCGUAGCGAAAAAUGGAAUGUUGUGAGGAAGAACAAACUAUGUAAAUACUGUUUAUGUUUACAUAGUGGUGAGUGUAGGCGCAAGAAAAGGUGCGGUGAAGAGGAGUGCGAUUAUUUUCACCAUCCUUCAUUACACCGCUAUGAUGGAACACAUAAACAAACGUCAACUACGAAGAAAACAAAUGUAAACAACACCCAUGCUGUAGAAGAAGUAGAAGUGAUAAACAAUGCUCACAGUGCUAGUUCGCAAAACAUUUUGUUUAAAAUAAUACCGAUUACUAUAUACGGCAAUGAUAAAGAGAUUAAAACCCUUGCAUUUAUCGAUGAGGGAUCUUCCAUCAGCCUUAUGGACGAGUCAAUUGCUGAUCAAUUAGGAAUAAGUGGUGUGCCAAAUCCCUUGUGUUUGCGGUGGACAGGAGGAGGAAACAAACAACGUUUGGAAAUGAAUGUGUGUACAGUGGAGUCAUUAAAUUUGCCAACACAGACAUUGGACUACGAAUUAUUGUCGCAGCGUUAUCGCCACCUGAGAAAAUUACCAAUAGAAAGCUACACAAAUGCAAAGCCGAAAUUAUUGAUUGGUUUAAAUCAUUUCAAAAUGGGAAUUUCGACUAAAACUUUUGAGGGUGCUCCACAUGAACCAGUGGCUGUUUGUACGAAACUCGGAUGGCUUAUUUACGGCACAGUAGCAGAACACAAUUCACGUAAGCAAUUUAAUUUUCAUAUAUGUGAUUGUUCUGAAAGCGAUCAGCAACUGGACGAGUUAGUUAGGAGUUUUUAUACUCUCGAUAGUGUUGGCAUAUGUGCUAAAGACCCAAUGCUUGCUGAAAGUGAAAAGCGGGCAUUAAACUUAUUAGAUAGUUUUACCCAUUAUAAAGAUAAUGGGCAUUAUGAGGUCCCAUUAUUAUGGAAAUUUGACAGCUUCAAGUUGCCAGAUAGUUAUGACAUGGCUUUAAAACGGCUUACGUGUCUUGAGCGAAAAUUAAGCCAAAAUUUUGAACUUUUUGAAAUUUUUAAAAAUACAAUUUCAAAUUAUCUGUCUAAGGGCUACAUACGCAAAUUAGAUAAAAAUGAAAUUCAGCGUGCCGAUGGAAAAAUUUGGUAUCUGCCUAUUUUUGCGGUCUUUAAUAAAAAUAAACCCGGUAAAUCGCGAGUCGUUUGGGACGCCGCUGCUAAAUCAUGUGGCUCAUCUUUAAAUUCAUUUCUGCUAAAAGGCCCUGAUAUGUUGGCCUCCCUGCCAUCAAUUCUAUUUAAAUUUCGCCAAAAUGCGGUGGCUGUUUGUGGUGACAUCGAGGAGAUGUUUCAUCAAGUGCACAUAAGACCAGAUGACCGUGAUGUUCAGCGGUUUCUUUGGCGGGAUGGUGAUCAAAACAAAGCGCCUGAUGUUUAUGUAAUGGAUGUCUUGAUAUUUGGUGCUACAUGUGCACCUAGCAUUGCACAGUACAUUAUAAAUUUGAAUGCCGAUAAAUUUCAAGAUGAAUUUCCUUUGGCUGCAAAGGCAAUUAAACAAAAUCAUUACGUUGAUGAUUUAUUGGACUCAGUCAACACGCCACAAGAUGCAAUAAAACUAAUUACGGAUGUUUCACAUGUACAUCGCCAAGGUGGCUUCAAUAUAAGAAAUUGGAUUUCUAACAAUGUUUUGGUACGGCAAGCCUUCCCAGCACUAAGUUCCACGGCCGUAAAGUGCAUAAACUUUAAAAAUGAAACGCAAGUUGAAAAAGUUUUGGGAGUUUUUUGGGAGCAUCAGGAGGAUGCUAUAACUUUUAAAAUUGCAUCAUGGCUUUUAGAAAGCAAUUUGUUAUCCUUUGAAAAGUCUCCAACAAAACGAGAAAUGCUGAGGCUUGUUAUGUCAAUUUAUGACCCGCUAGGGUUAAUUGGCCAUAUAAUAAUGUACGUCAAGGUGCUAAUGCAAGACGUAUGGCGUUCUAAAAUAGAUUGGGAUGAACAAAUUCCCCUUGAAUUGAUACCAAAGUGGAACCAAUGGGUUAAAAUUUUACCCGAUAUACAGAAGAUUAAAAUUGAUCGUUGUUAUUUGAAAAAAUUUUCAAAUUAUGAUGAUGUGGAUGUGCAACUGCAUACAUUUGUGGAUGCUAGUAGAGAUGGAUACGCCGCUGUGAGUUACUUUAGGCUGAAGAAGAAUGAUGUUAUUUGCUGCUCGCUAGUUGGUGCUAAGACUAGGGUUGCACCAAUAAAAAUUACGUCUGUACCCAGACUUGAGCUGAUGGCCGCUCUAAUAGGAGCUCGUUUUGCUAAAUUUAUUAUGGAAAACCAUGAAAUAAAAAUUUCUAAAAAAUAUUUUUGGAGCGACUCACGGACAGUGCUAAGCUGGAUUAAUUCCGACCACCGAAAAUACACUCAAUUCGUUGCGUUCAGAGUUACCGAGAUAUUGGAGCUUUCUUCAAUAAAAGAGUGGAAUUGGUUACCCAGCAAACAAAAUGUUGCUGAUGAUGCAACAAAAUGGUCAAAAGUUCCGGUAAUUUCCAGUUCCUGCAGGUGGUUUAGUGGACCUGAUUUUCUUUUCCAACCUGAAGAGGAAUGGCCCAAAACAGUGGUCCAACCUAUUUCAACAGAGGAGGAAAGUAUACACCAUGUACACCAAGUAACAAAGAUAGAAAUGUUUAUUAAUGUAGAACGUUUCUCAAAAUGGACACGUAUUGUCAGAACGGUGGCAUAUGUUCUGCGCUUUAUUAACAACUGCCGUAAAACUUUUAAACAUAAAAAUGAAUUAACUCAAGAUGAGAUUUUAAGUGCUCAAUAUUUACUAUAUAAGGCAGCACAGAAUGAAAGAUAUUCUGCAGAAAUUUCAGCACUCAAAUCAAAUAUCCCCAUAUCAAGGUCAAGCGAUAUUUAUUGUAAGUCACCCUACUUAGAAGAUGAAAUUUUGCGUGUAUAUGGGAGAAUCGACAUGGCAGAUGUGUCCCCGGAACAAAAACGACCUGUUAUAAUGCCGAGAGACAGUUAUUUAACCAAAUUGAUUUUGCUUCACUACCAUCAGAAAUUUUACCACAGUAACCACGAAACCGUAAUAAAUGAACUACGGCAAAAAUUUUCUAUAUCGAGACUUCGCGCAAUUUAUAAAUCGACGAUUCGCUCGUGCCAAAUGUGCAAAAUUACAAAGGCUGUUCCUCAAAACCCUCAAAUGGCAAAGUUGCCUCGUGCUCGAAUAGCUUCAUACGCGGCACCGUUUACGUAUACUGGUGUAGACUUUUUUGGACCAAUCCUGGUCACCGUAAAUCGCCACAAAGAAAAACGCUAUGGGUGUCUAUUUACAUGUUUGACAAUAAGGGCCGUACAUAUUGAGAUUGCACAUUCUCUAACGACGAGUUCCUGCAUUUCGGCCAUACGCAAUUUUAUGGCGCGUAGAGGAAUCCCACAUGAAUUCUACAGCGAUAAUGGGACGAAUUUCGUCGGUGCAGAAAGAGAGCUACGAGAGGCCUUAAUCGACGUUGAUCGAAACGAGUUCGUGAAAACUUUCACUAGCACUACGACAGAAUGGACAUUCAAUCCACCUGCGUCACCCCACAUGGGCGGAGCCUGGGAGCGUUUAGUACGCUCGGUGAAAACGAUUUUAUAUAAAAUUAUGCCGUCGAGAAACCCUACCGAUGAACUUCUACUGAGCAUGUUAUUAGAAGUAGAAAACAUAAUUAAUUCGAGACCGCUUGCAUAUGUUCCUAUUGCGGAAGAUACUGAUGAAGCUGUAACUCCGAAUCAUUUUUUAGUAGGAAGUUCCAAUGGGCUUAAACCGAUGACUACGUGCAACGACAGUGGGACAUUAUUGAGACAAAAUUGGCUGAUUUCACAACAAUAUGCGAAUAUAUUUUGGAAGAAGUGGCUAAUGGAAUACCUACCGUCGUUAACAUGUAGAACAAAAUGGCACGAAAAAUCUAAACCUUUAAGUCAGGGGGACCUAGUGAUCAUUGUUGACCCUUCACUUCCACGAAACGUUUGGCUGCGAGGCAAGGUACUGGAAACAAGAUUGGCAAGUGACGGGCAGGUCCGCAGUGCAAAGGUGUUAACACAACGUGGUAUAAUGGACCGUCCAGUAACGAAGUUGGCUAUUUUGGAUGUAGCUCCUCAACAGAAGUCUGACAUCGAAGAAGCUUCUUGCCAUACUGCGGGGGGAAUGUUAACGCGACUUCCAAAAUCCCCAUGAUUUAUGUAUAUAAGAUCUGGCAACUCUAAAAAUAUUGAUAGUCGAUAACUUUAUUUAUUGUCAACUUCUAAUUUUUGUUAACGAAACUUUGUAAAUGUCAAGUAGCGUGGGUAAAUCUUCGCCAUUUUUCCUAUAAACUACUAAAAGCAAAUUGGCUUAUACGCGGUGUCUUUGGAGAUAUCAUAUACAUAUAUAAUUCGAGGAAAAAAUUCUAGUGGUUUCCAAACCAAAAGUAGGUUCAAUUUAAAAUAAUUAUCCUUAAAAUUGUUACAGUAUUUCUUUACAAAUAGGAAUUUUAAUAAACACACACUUGUUGGAUUAAAUCAAGUCUUUUUUGAAGCUGGUGUGUUUUAUUCAAAAUCCAGUGGAAGCCAUUAGCUCCGGCC